GAGCGGCGCGUGCGCGGACGGAGCUGCGGCGCAGCGGAGCCGGAGGUGAGCUCGAUAGGAUCGUGGCGUAGCGGAGUUGCGGCUGGCAGGCAUCAUGCUGUCGCCCGAGGCGGAGCGGGUGCUGCAGUACCUGGUGGAGGUGGAGGAGCUCGCCGAGGAGGUGCUGGCGGACAAACGGCAGAUUGUGGACCUGGAUACCAAAAGGAAUCGGAACCGGGAGGGCCUGAGAGCCCUGCAGAAGGAUCUCAGCCUCACUGAAGACGUGAUGGUUUGCUUUGGGAACAUGUUUAUCAGGAUGCCUCACCCUGAGACGAAGGAAAUGAUUGAGAAAGAUCAGGAACAUCUGGAUAAAGAAAUAGAACGACUCCGGAAACAACUUAAAGUGAAGGUCAAUCGCCUCUUUGAGGCCCAAGGCAAACCGGAGCUGAAGGGUUUUAACCUGACCCCCCUCAACCAGGAUGAGCUUAAAGCUCUCAAGGUCAUCUUGAAAGGAUGAAACCUAAGAACCCAGAUGGGGGAACCUAGGACCUGCAUCCUCCCCUGGGGUCAUGGAGGACCCAGAACUCUCCAGCCUUGAAACCUGCAAGGACAGGAUCUGCCCUGCAAGGGGACAGGUGUGAAAUGCAGCCAUAGCCAUGUACGAAGCUUCUUUGUCUGUAGCACUUGGCUACUUUUUGACAGCAGGAGGGAACCCGCAACCUACACCGGUAUCUGCAGGCCUGACCACUGGGGCUGGAUGGACACAAGGCCCAUUGACAGGCCCUGGCAGCCACCAGGAGGUGGGUGGGGGCAGCGCCAGUGGGGGUGUGAGAAGGACUGCAACAGGCACUUCUCAACAAUGGCCUGCUGUUGAAAUGGGCCUAGAGGGAGAAGAGUGGGAGCUUCAUUCCAGCAUUCCUCUCAGAAAGAGAGAGACGUAUUUUCAAGCAGUGUGUGUAACGGAAUUGGAAUAAAGCAGGAGGCUCCUGCGCUGGAUGAAGGACAGAAUGUUAGUGCUUCGUGGUUCAGCACAGGCAGACACAUAGUCCCCCGACACUGCCAUCGGGGCCCGUUUUCCUGCCCACCCCCGGGAUGGAGUCCAGAGUGGGCGCUGCUUAUCAUCCCUCCUCGGCUGCUCUGGAGUCAGGAAGGCCUUGCAGAGUCCUGCACCAGCGAUGGAUGAGGGCCUGCGUCCUACUGUUCUGUGCUUAGGCAGGAUGCGACUCCACGGGCUCUGAAAGCAGAACCCGGGCAGCGCUGCUUAGAGUUCCCGUCUGCCUUCAGGGUCUACGAUCCUAAUGUGAAUGUGCCGUGAGGGAUGUCUUCUGUGUGCCUGAAGGGCUCAAUACAUGUUACCCAAAUGGAUGAAUAGGUGCUUCUAGUCUUUACCUCAUUUGGUCCUUAAUGGAAGGUAUGCCAUUCCCUUUGGAGUACCAUCUAUGAAGGGGCAGUGGUUCCUCUUUGAAAUGACGUCAGGGCAGGGUGGAGAGGGCACUCCAUUUGGUUCCGGCCGAUAGUUAAAUAUGGGGACACAGGCUGCCAUGGCCAGAUCUUGUGUUUUCUUCGAGAACCUAGAAAUUUAGAUUUUUUUAAGUUGAAUCCUCUGCUUUUUAAAUACUGCUGAUUAAUUCAGAAAAUUAAAAAAAGCUUGAAUGUUGGCCAAACAAAACACUUUAUAUAAAGUGGGCCACAUUUGGCCCAAACCUCUGGUUUUGGAUCCUUUUGAGUUUUUUUUUUUAUUUAGUAGAAAUUGCUGGGGUUUCUCCAUGGUGGCCCUAGGAAGUAAGGAGGUGGAAUUGGAAACUAAAUGUCCAGAGUAGAUGAAAGAAUUUGAUAACUCCAAAUAGUGGAAUAUUAUAUAGCUGUAAUCAAAAAUAAAGAAGCUGAACACUGAUUUGGAACAAGCUUCAAGAUACUUGCUUCUCAAGUGAGAAGCAAAGACAGGUGUCUAAUAGGCUCGUAAUUUGUGUGCAAACAGGUAUGUGGUUCCCUCAGAAUGGAAACUACAUGGUUAGGGUGCAAGAGAAGGACAUGUUGCUGUUGUAUUGUGUAUUUUAAAAUAAAAAUGUAAGAAAAUGG